AGGGGGCGGGGCCGGCGGGCGGCGCGGGCGGGCGCUUCUCUCAACUUUAGUUUUGGCGUCCGCGGCGGGCGGGUGUCUCAGUCGGGCGCCGCCGCCGCGGGGGAAAGAAAGGGAGGAAGGAAGGAAGGAAGGAGGAACCGGGGAAGGAAGUUAAGAGAGAGAAAAAGGGAGGAGGAAGGCACAGGCCGCCAGCCGCCCCGCGUCCGCCCGCCCGCCCGCCCGCCCGCCCGUCCGUCCGGGAGCGCAGGGCAGCCAGGUCCCCGACGCCGCGGGUCCAGCCGGCCGGCCGCGCAGCCCCUCCCGAGGCGCAGCCGCCAGGCCAGGGGGCCGGGGCCGGGGCCGGGCGGGGGCGGAGGCGCCGGGCGGGGAUGCGGGGCCGCCGCGAGGCCCCCCGGCCCUGAGCGCAGCGCCGCUUCGCUCCGCCGCCCAGCGCCGCCCGCCCGCCCGCCUCCUCCGCCGCCGCCUUCGCGUCCGGGCGGCCCGUCGAGUCUCCGGGGCGCCGGGCGGAGCCUCCCCUCGCCCGCCUGGUCCGGGGUGCGCGCCGGGGAAGCAGGAGCCAUGGAUCCCGGGCAGCAGCCGCCGCCGCCGGCCCCGCAGGGCCCGGGGCAGCCGCCCGCGCAGCCCCCGCCGCAGGGCCAGGGCCCGCCGUCCGGGCCGGGGCAGCCGCCGCCCGCGCCGCCGGGCUCCCAGGCCGCCCCGCAGGCCCCGCCGGCCGGACACCAGAUCGUGCACGUCCGGGGGGACUCGGAGACCGACCUGGAGGCGCUUUUCAACGCCGUCAUGAACCCCAAGACGGCCAACGUGCCCCAGACGGUGCCCAUGAGGCUGCGGAAGCUGCCCGACUCCUUCUUCAAGCCGCCGGAGCCCAAGUCCCACUCCCGACAGGCCAGUACUGAUGCAGGCACUGCAGGAGCCCUGACUCCACAGCAUGUUCGGGCCCAUUCCUCUCCAGCCUCGCUGCAGCUGGGAGCGGUGUCUCCUGGGACCCUGACCCCCACAGGAGUCGUCUCUGGCCCGGCAGCCACCCCCACUGCUCAGCACCUUCGGCAGUCUUCUUUUGAAAUUCCUGAUGAUGUACCUCUGCCAGCGGGCUGGGAGAUGGCAAAGACGUCUUCUGGUCAGAGAUACUUCUUAAAAUGUCCUGGUAUCCAUUUCAAAGGGUCAAGUUUCAACCAGAACAAUAAAGGGCCUGAGACUGGAAAGUACACACAAGUCUGGCAAACUCAUCUGCAUGAGCAAGAUCAUUUCUUCUCAAGCAGGCGUCCAAAUCACAUCGAUCAGACAACAACAUGGCAGGAUCCCAGGAAGGCUAUGCUCACCCAGAUAAAUGUCACAGCCCCCACAAGUCCACCAGUGCAGCAGAAUAUGAUGAACUCGGCCUCAGGUACUCUUCCUGAUGGAUGGGAACAAGCCAUGACUCAGGAUGGAGAAAUUUACUAUAUAAACCAUAAGAACAAGACCACCUCUUGGCUAGACCCAAGGCUUGACCCUCGUUUUGGUAAAGCCAUGAACCAGAGAAUCAGUCAAAGUGCUCCAGUGAAGCAGCCACCACCCCUGGCUCCCCAGAGCCCUCAGGGAGGAGUCCUGGGUGGCGGCAGCUCUAACCAGCAGCAACAGAUGCGGCUGCAGCAACUGCAGAUGGAGAAAGAGAGGCUGCGACUGAAGCAGCAAGAACUGCUUCGGCAGGUGAGGCCACAGGCAAUGCGGAAUAUCAAUCCCAGCACAGCAAAUUCUCCAAAAUGUCAGGAAUUAGCUCUCAGGAGCCAGCUACCAACUCUGGAGCCGGAUGGCGGGACUCCAAACCCGGUGUCUUCUCCUGGGAUGUCUCAGGAACUGAGAACAAUGACGACCAAUAGCUCUGAUCCCUUUCUCAACAGUGGCACCUAUCACUCUCGAGAUGAGAGUACAGACAGCGGACUGAGCAUGAGCAGCUACAGUGUCCCUCGAACCCCGGAUGACUUCUUGAACAGUGUUGAUGAAAUGGAUACAGGUGAUACUAUCAACCAAAGCACGCUGCCCUCACAACAGAAUCGUUUUCCAGACUACCUUGAAGCCAUUCCUGGGACAAAUGUGGACCUUGGAACACUGGAGGGAGAUGGAAUGAACAUAGAAGGAGAGGAACUGAUGCCAAGUCUGCAGGAAGCUCUGAGUUCUGACAUCCUUAAUGACAUGGAGUCCGUGUUGGCUGCCACCAAGCUAGAUAAAGAAAGCUUCCUUACAUGGUUAUAGAGCCCUCAGGUAGACUGAAUUCUAAAUCUGUGAAGGAUCUAAGGAGAUAAGACACACAUACCAGAAAUUUCCAAAUAAGCCAGUUGCGAUCUCCUGGCUAAUACAGAAAAAGAUGAACAAACGUCCAGCAAGAUUCUUUCAUCCACUGUUUUGCUCUUCCUUGUCCAUUGCUGCUGUUACUAUAUUGCUGGCCUCUUUCAUAGUUGGCCCUAAAGAAUCAAA